ACCGAAUUUGCCCCUGUACUUUUCAAAUCUUUUGAUUCGAUUGGUUCUAAACUUGCCAAAAUAAUACGGAUAGAUGCUGAUCCGGAAAUAUCAAAAAUGAUGAACAUAGAAAUUUUUGCUCAAAAUGCUUGGUUGGAGAAUCAGGAAUCUAUUUUCUCUCUUAUUCCG